CAGUUACUGUUUGGACUAAGCUUAGUGAAGAUCGCAACUGAAAGCGGCUUCAUCUCACAACUCAUUUGAGAUUCUGUGUGCGUGUAUUUAAUUGUUCUUUUUUGUUUUAUUUUUUCUCAAUACAUUGUUAGUGUGUUGUGUAGGGCUUUGAACAUGAAAAUCCUUCUGGUAUUUUCACUUUUCAUUGCCGCCACUUUGGCCAACAAAGUGGGUAGCCCGGUACCGGCUGGACCCAAGAAACAUAUGGUGUGCUACUACGAUUCAUCGAGUUUCGUUAAAGAGGGUCUCGGCAAACUUAUAAUUGAUGAUCUUGAACCGGCGCUGCAGUUCUGCGACUACCUUGUCUACGGUUGGGCAGGCAUUGAACGCGACUCGCACAAAGCCGUCUCACUUAAUCAAAACUUAGACUUAGAUUUGGGUAAAGGUCUAUACCGCACCGUUACGCGUCUAAAGCGCAAAUACCCAACCUUGAAGGUGUUGCUUGGUUUGGGUGGUGAUAAGGAUAUUGAGACCAGUGAAGAUGCCAAAGACUUGCCAAACAAAUAUCUCGAAUUGUUGGAGAACCCAGCUGGACGUGCCCGUUUCAUUAAUACCGUCUACGCUUUGGUGAAGACCUAUGGUUUCGAUGGACUCGAUGUUGCCUGGCAGUUCCCCAAGAACAAACCAAAGAAGGUGCACAGCGGUAUAGGUAGCUUGUGGAAGGGUUUCAAGAAGGUCUUCUCUGGCGAUCACAUUGUCGAUGAAAAGUCUGAGGAACAUAAGGAACAGUUCACCGCUUUGUUGCGUGAUGUCAAAAACGAAUUCCGUCCGGACAGUCUGUUGCUUUCAACCACUGUGCUGCCCAAUGUGAACUCGUCGCUGUUCUAUGAUGUGCCCGCUAUUGUUAACUAUCUGGACUUUGUAAACUUGGGCGCCUUUGAUUUCUACACACCCGAACGCAAUCCCGAAGUUGCCGAUCUGCCUGCGCCACUAUUCGAUCUACCCGAACGCAAUCCCCAAUUCAAUGUACACUACCAGGCACAAUAUUGGCUGCGUAACAAUUGCCCCGCCUCCAAAUUGAAUGUGGGCGUGCCCACAUAUGGCCGCGUUUGGAAGUUGACCGAUGACUCUGGCGAGACUGGCGUACCACCAGUGGCUAAGGUUGAGAAUGAAGCACCCGCUGGACCAAACACACAAAUCAAGGGUCUUUACAGCUGGCCCGAAGUGUGCGCUCUGCUGCCGAACACCAACAAUGCCUAUGGCAAAGGCGCCAAUCUGGCAUUGACCAAGGUCGGCGAUCCAACACGCCGCACAGGCAAUUAUGCUUACCGCUCGGACGAGAAGAGCAGCGGUCACGGCUUGUGGGUGGGCUAUGAAGAUCCCGACACCGCGGCUGAGAAGGCCGGCUACGUGCGUCAAUUCAAUUUGGGUGGCGUGGCCCUGUUUGAUUUGUCUUUUGAUGACUUCCGUGGUUCCUGCACUGGCGAUAAAUAUCCCAUAUUGCGUGCCAUUAAAUACCGCUUGGUGAACUAAGUGUCACAUGACUCACUAAUAUUUGUUUCUUUGACUUUUCACGAUUUGACAUUUUUCCAUGUUUAUAUUUGAAUAAGUAA